UUUAUCGUUUUUUUUUUCAAUCACUUAAGAGUCUUGGUACAUUUCAUAGUUGCUAACAAAACUCGUAGCAUUUCUCUAUAAAUACCAACACCGAUCUGCUAUGAAACCACCAGUGAAAAAUCAGAGUUAAUUAAUCGCCAUUUCCGACAUUAGAUAAAGCUCAAACCUUUCUUUUCGAUUCGAUUACACUUUCGUUUUACUAGCAUGGAAGAUCAGUACCCGAAAGAGAGUCAGACACAUGCCAAGGGAGCAGAAGAAGAAGCUCAGGGUUCUGGGAUGCUUGAUUUCUUGAAAAAGAAGGACAAUCAGAAACCCCACCAGGAGCAGGAGCAGCACAAGCACACUACUUUAGCUGAAAAGCUCUACCACCAUAACGGCGACUCUAGCUCGUCUAGCAGUGACGAAGAAGGUGGGGAGAAGAAAAAGAAGGGACUUAAGGGUAAGAUCAAGGAGAAAAUAUCAAGUAACAAGAGGGAGAUGCUUGCCACACAUCCAUUCCAGCGAAGAAUGGACACGCUGAUGAGAAGGGAUUUGUAGAGAAAAUCAAAGACAAGCUUCCGGGACAGCACAAGGAGGCCGAACAUGUUGCUGAGGAGAAGGGAUUUGUCAAGAAAAUCGCAGAAAAGCUUCCGGGAGAGGACAAGGAGGCUGAACAUCAUGCUCCUGCAGAUUAUCAUGCUCCGGAUGGGCAUUCCCACGACAGCGAGGCAAAGAAAGGGAUCUUGGAAAAGAUUAAGGACAAGCUCCCUGGGAAUCACAAGACUGAAGAGGAGAAGCACAAGGAGAAUUAGCAUGCACGAUGCAGCCAAUAAAAGAUGUAGUGGUUUUGAUGUUUGCUUGUAGCC